AUGGGAGGCAAAGUCGAUUCAUCCAUCAACAGAGGCAACACACCAUACAUAUUCAGACUUAGCGGUCAAAAUUAUCAUAGUAUGGGAAGUCUAACCAAAAUUCUUGGACCAACGAGCGGUUCUACAUCAACUUCAAGAUUAUAUGAUCUCCAGAUUAUAGAAUUUUUGAAGGUUAUGUUAGAUUCAAACAAUGCGUUGGUCAAGUCUUAUAGGAUGGUAAGAGACAAUCUUCAUGAAAAUCCGGGUGCUAACUUGAAGUUAAGAUUAAUCGGAAAAAGAGAACAAGAUGGAAGGACUUAUAACUUACCAACUUCUUCUGAGGUAGCUGCUUUAAUUGUCGGUGACAUUUGUGAUUCAAUUGAAAAAAGAGACAUCAUUGUUGAAACCUCAUCAGGAUUACUAAAGCGUAUCAGUGAAUUACAUCUUUCUUACCUUGCUCUUCAGUAUCCAUUACUAUUUCCAUAUGGCGAUGAUGGUUACAGAGUUGACAUCCUUCAUAGAGGUAUUACAUCUUCAAGUAACAGCAAGCGCCCAACCUGUACAAUGAGAGAAUUUUUUGCUUACAGAAUUCAAGAUAGAGAUCAAUCGUUCUCACUACUUCUUAAUGCAAAAAGGUUGUUCCAACAAUUUUUGGUUGAUGGUUAUACAAUGAUUGAAAGCGAGCGAUUAUUUUUCAUACGUAAGCAACAAAAAAUUCUUAGAUGUGAGUCUUAUGAGAAUCUGCGUAAUUACCAAGCACGUGGUAGUACAGAUAUUUCGAACGUUGGUCAACGUGUGAUUUUACCUUCUUCAUUUACCGGUGGUGCACGUUAUAUGAUGCAAAACUAUUUGGAUGCCAUGUCGCUAUGUAAAUGGUUUGGAUAUCCAGAUUUUUUCAUAACCUUUACGUGUAAUCCAAAAUGGCCAGAAGUUCAAAGGUUUCUUAAGAACACUCCACUUCAUCCUGAAGAUAGACCGGAUAUAUUAUUGGUUUACACAAUUGAAUUUCAAAAAAGAGGUCUGCCUCAUAGUCAUAUAUGUCUGUUUAUGCAUUCUGAAUGCAAGCUUCCUACAGUUGAAUAUAUCGAUCCAAUUAUUUCUGCUGAGAUUCCAAAUAUUGAUGAAGAUCCAGAAUUGUAUUCACUUGUGAAGGAGUUCAUGAUUCACGGUCCAUGUGGAGCUGAAAAUUUCAAUUGCCCAUGCAUGGUGGACAGAAAGUGUUCUAAAAACUUUCCAAAGCAAUUCUGUAAUCAUACUUCAGUUGAUUCAGAUGGUUUUCCUUUAUAUAGGAGAAGAAAUGAUGGAAAUUUUGUUGAAAAAUCUGGUGUUCAGUUAGAUAACAGAAAUGUUGUUCCAUACAACAAAUAUCUGUUAAAAAGAUAUCAGGCACACAUUAAUGUUGAAUGGUGCAAUCAAGGAUCUUCUAUAAAAUAUUUAUUUAAAUAUAUAAACAAGGGUCCUGAUAGAGCGACUGUUGCUAUGGUGCAAAACAAUAAUGAUACUGAGAACAACGAUGCAGUGGAUGAAAUCAAAGAAUACUAUGAUUGUAGAUAUAUAUCUGCAUGUGAAGCAUCAUGGAGAAUUUUUAAAUAUGAUGUUCAUUAUAGGCAUCCUGUUGUGAUUAGACUACCUUUUCAUUUGCCUGGUCAACAACAAGUUAUAUAUGAGGCAGACGAUGAUAUUGAAGAUGUUCUUGACCGACCUUCAGUUGCUUCUUCAAUGUUCAUAUCUUGGAUGAAGUGUAAUGAGAUCAAUAAAGAAGCACGAAAACUUACAUAUGUUGAAUUUCCUACCAAGUUUGUUUGGAAACCUAAACUUCAAACUUGGAAGCCAAGGGAAGUUGGAUUUUCUAUUGGUAGAAUUCACUCCGUUUCACCUAAGCUUGGCGAAGCAUAUUUUUUAAGAAUUCUUUUAAAUAAAGUGAAAGGUCCAAAAUCCUUCGAAGAAAUUCGCACGGUCAAUGGUGAAAUUUGUUCUUCUUUUAAAGAUGCAUGCUAUAAUCUGGGCCUUUUGGAUGAUGAAAAAGAAUACAUCAAAGCAAUUAAGGAAGCAAGUCUUUCUGGAUCUGGUUUUUAUAUGCGUUUCUUAUUUGCUACGAUGUUAUUGUCCAGCAGUUUGUGUAAACCAGAGAUUAUGUGGGAAAACACAUGGGAAUACCUGUCAGAUGGAAUUCUUUAUACUCAACAAAAGAGAUUAAAGUCUCCAGGUUUAUCACUAAACGAAGAUCAAAUUAAAAACUUGACUUUGUUUGAGAUAGAACAAAUUUUACUCCGAAACAAUUCCAGUCUCAAGAACUAUAGAAGGAUGCCUUACCCAGAUGCUGAUUUGGUUUCAUCUUCAAACAAUCGUUUGAUAGUCGAGGAGCUAGAUUAUGACAUACCAAAUUUGAAGAAUGAGUUUGAUCGGCUCUUUGUUUCAUUAACCGACGAGCAACGCAACAUUUUUCUUGACAUAAUGGCUAAGGUUAAAAAUAAUAAGGGAGGUGUAUUCUUUAUUUAUGGUUAUGGUGGAACGGGUAAGACAUUUCUCUGGAAGACAAUUUCUGCAGCAAUUAGAUGCCAAGGAGAGAUUGUUUUAAACGUUGCUUCAAGUGGGAUCGCUUCAUUAUUAUUGACUGGAGGCAGGACAACACACAAUCGAUUUAUAAUUCCCAUAAAUCUUACCGAGGAUUCUUUUGUAGAAUAA